CCCAAAAUUUGUCCGUGCCUUGAAAUUCAAUUGUCGUUUUUGCUUUUGAAAGGGUCUCACUUCUCUUGUGUCUGUCACACUCUCUCUUUUUCUUUUUCUAAUUUUUUGUGAUUGUCCAAUCUCCUGUGAUUUAAGAUUGAUGAAAGUGACGCACAACAUCUGAAGGAGCCCAUAAAUUUGUUAUUUUUUGUGAUCCCAUUGUGAAUUGUGGGGAUCUGAAUUGCGAAGAUGAUCCAGCUUCUGUUCACGGUGAUAUUUUCGGAGACGGCGAUGAUAGCGUUGCUUCUGUUCAAGACCCCUUUGAGGAAGCUGGUGAUAAUGGGGUUGGAUCGGUUGAAGCGUGGCCGUGGACCCUUGAUGGUUAAGACCGUUGCAGGGACCGUUCUCGUGGUGUUUUUUUCGAGUGUGUAUAGCAUGGUCAACAUUCAGAAGCGUGGGAUCGAGGAGGGUGCUAUUGUUAACCCCACCGAUCAGGUUCUUAUGGCCAAGCACCUCCUCGAAGCAACGCUCAUGGGUGCUAUCCUUUUCCUUGCGCUUAUGAUAGACAGACUACAUCAUUACAUAAGAGAACUUCGGAUUCGAAGAAAGGGCAUGGAAGCUGUGAAGAAACAAACCAGAGGGACCGAAGAUGGAAAAGUUGCAAAUUCGGAAGAAAUUAAGGCUGUGGAGGAAGAAAGAGCCAGAUUGAGAGCUGAACUUAGCCGCCUUGAAUCUGAACUACAGUCAAAAACAAAAGAUGUAGAUGCUGCUGAAGCCAAUGUAGCUGCUCUGAGAAAACAAUCUGAGGGGUUCCUUCUUGAGUAUGAUCGCUUACUUGAGGAAAACCAGAACCUCCGCAACCAACUACAAUCCUUGGACAGGAAAUUGUCACAUUCAGGUUCCAAGAAGAAUAUGUAAGAAACAUUGCAGGUAGGAAUGGUUUCUUCUGUAUACUCUUCAGGAGUUCCAUGGCAGUUUGUUGAUAACAGCUUGUCAAUCCCUGUAAGCUUGCUCCUUAUGGAAUACGAUUUUCACUUUUGAGUUGAAUUUGGAUCAAUUUUGUCCUGACAAAUUUUGAAUUUUUUUAUAGUGAUGACAGAAAAUAUAGUGCUGAUUUGUUUUUUCUGCACAUAUGUAACUUCUGCAACUUCUGUUCCACUAUUUAAGAUUCGACAAACUGAAGGGAUGUGCCCAUGAAUAGUGUUUAAUGUUAUUUAAGUUAUAUCUUGGUACUUAAUUUUAUUUUUCUUAUCAUUUAUCCUAUUUAA